UUCCCCACGGGUGGAAAUCAGGGAGGAGCCGACUUCGUAGGCGGCCUUAUGUUGUGUCGGCUCGCCGCGCCGCGGCUUCUCUCCGCAAAACUCCACAUCCACCGUCGCCGUCCUCCCAUGAGCUCCCUCUCGGCGUCGCUCCUCGAGAGGGAGUGGAUGCUACCCUCCCCGGCCGCCCCAAUCCAGAAGAUAUCCCUCUCGAAGCCCCCUCAAUCCCAGCGGCCACAAGGAUUCACUCCAUCUCACUUCUCCUACUCGAACGAACCCCGUCCAGCUCUAGGCGCUGAAGCCAUUGGCGCGAGAGAACAAACCCCAUCCUUCUACGUGGUCCGCGACGACCUCUUGCAUCCAUUGGUGAAUGGCAACAAGGCCAGGAAGCUCGACGCCCUGCUCCCAAUUCUCCAACGGUACUCAGCCACCGACGUUGUCACAUGUGGAGGAUGCCAGAGUGCUCAUACAGCAGCUGUUGCUGUCUGCUGUGCGGAGAGGGGAAUAAGGUCCCACCUUCUCCUAAGGGGGGAACAACCGGAGGUACCAACUGGCUACAACCUGAUAUCUUUGAUGUAUGGUCGCACGACCUACAUAGCGCGGCCGGUCUAUGCGCAGAGGAAAGAGAUGCUUCUUCAGCAUGCCGGUCAAGUAGCAGGAAGCAGGGGUUCUGUUGUGUGGGUUGAUGAAAUUCUUGGAAAGGACUGUUAUAAUUCAAACCUGGAGGUCUUGAUCAGGCUGAGGGUUGAAGAGGGUUCGAGAAGAGUGGUGAUUGUCAAUGAAGGUGCAGGAAGUGUGGCAGCAUUAUUAGGUGUUAUCCGGCUUGUGAGAUACCUUUCUCAAACACAUUUAUUUGGAACAAAGCAGCAAAUUAGAAUUGUUGUAGAUGCUGGCACUGGAACAACAGCUGUUGGUUUAGCCUUGGGAGUCAUAUUGUUAGGACUUCCAUGGAAAGUAACUGCAGUCAUGCUUGCUGAUCCCAUUGAAAGGUAUAAGGAAAGGGAAAAAUGCCUAACAUCCAAUUUCAAGAGGUUUGGUCCUGUGAAAUUUUCCGAGAUAUCAGUAGGUGGAAUUGGUGAUGGUACUCUGCAAUGGGUCGAACGUUCUCAUCCAAGAAAAUUUGGAAAGGUUUUGAAAGGGGAAAUUGAGGUAUGACAAAUUGCACAGCAAACUGGCAUACUUGUGGAUCCUGUCUCCUUGGCUGCUUGGGAGCAGGCUAUUCUUCAUCCACUUGAAGAACUUGAGAAGGAUGCCAAAGUGGUGAUGCUCCAUACUGGUGGCACCCUUGGCAUGUUUGGAUUGGCUCAAAGAUACAAACCUUACUUCACUACUUGAAACAACUUACUGUGCAUUCCUUACCUUAAGCAAUUAAAGAUCCAUUUUGCAAAUGCGUAAAAGCAUUAUAUGACAGUACUUGCAGGUAUAUCUUGGUAAGAUGUGGCAAAUUCUUGACACAAGCAUGUCAUGUAUUGUAAGCAAUUUUUAGGGAUGCAAUGUAUAAAGCAAAAUAAAAUACUGGCAGACCACAAGGAAAGAGGAAGUAGGCCACAUUUAGCUUGUGUACCUUUUUAUUCUGUUUAGUACAGCAUAAGUUAAGAAGCUUCAAUCAAGAUGCA